AUGAUCUCGAGCGCGCACAAAGACUGACAUUGGCGUGGUAACCAAUCCAGACUCUCAUCUGACCUGCGCAUCAAACCUUGUGUGGUUGCUAUAUAAACGCGGCGUAACGUUUCUCUUACAUGAACAGUAUUUUGUUGUAGGACAGAAGAACAUUCUGCGACACGGCAUCUUUCACGCGGUUGAUCUGGCACCAUGAAAGCGGCGAGCCCGGUAACGUCUUUGCGCAGGAAUACUACCUCGCGUUUCUCGGAUCUCAACGCUGCGAUCUCUCGGAACAACAAGAGCACCGCGGUGGAUGAUGCGCUCAGCCUGCUUUACAACAUGAACGACUGCUACAGCAAGCUGAAGGAGCUCGUGCCCAGCUUGCCUCAGAACCAGAGCGUGAGUAAGAUGGAGAUCCUCCAGCACGUCAUCGACUACAUCUUGGAUCUCCAGCUCACUCUGGACUCCUCCAGCUCAGCGCCGCCGCAGAAGCCGCAGCCACAGCAGCCACAGCAGCAUCCGCAGAGACGGGAGGCGCCGACCCCCAGAACCCCUCUAGCCAGCAUUAACAAUGAGUCCAACGAACUUUCCACCGAAGUUGGCACUGAUGACAGCCGAGCGCUUUUUCGCUGAGGGGGUGUGAGGGGUUUGAUGAGGAAGAAAACAGGAACGAUUUCUGUUUUUCUUUGUCCGUUUCCUUCGUCUUAUGCCUGGAAUUCGUCUGAACUGACAAGGAUUUCCUUACGACCGGCGAUAAAGACAGUCUAUGUGGUGUGUGGUAUCUAUCUACGGACACGAUAUUCUUUCUUCCAAAGGAAGAUCUUGUUAUACUCGGCAGAAGCAAACGAGUCGACCAGGAGAGAACAGGAAAAAAACGACCCGUCCUCUUUUGAAGCUCUUGUCUUUUUUGUUAAGAUAGAGCUCGAAGAGUCCACGAAUUUGCUUCUUUUCCAUCUGCUCUACAGCCUAACCCAACGAGACAUAACGGACCCUCAGCAUAUUUGCAGAAUAUUGUCACUGGCAUAAAUAACGUUGAAAGUUUUUAGAAAUUUACAUUGUAAAUAGCACUUUUAUAUAACAUAAAUUAAAAUGUUAAGAGCAUUGUGUCUUUAUGGGUUCAUUUCUGUUGAGCUAGGCAUACGUCGAAUAUCAGGGUUGAACAAGACCUGCUGCUGGAUUUCUGAGAGCAGCGCCCCGUUAAAACAAAUACAUUGAAAUGUUACAAUGUAACGAUGCGUGUGAAGGUGGGUUGCGGCCGGAUUUGGGGCCAACACUGCCCUCCGCCUGCACUUCCAGAACAUAGCAAGAGCAUUGAAUGGCGUCUGAACUGGUUAUAUUACUGUAUUAUUGCCAUUUAUGAUUGAGUUGUUGAUCAAUUUGUGACUAUGAGCAAUUGACAAUGGACAAUCAAAAUGAUAAU